AUGACCAUCCAUGAGUGCUGCAUCCAAGGUUUUGCGUGGUCAGGCACACCAGCUGGCCAAACCUCCAAACUCGCAAACAACAAUGUCUACGUAACAGGUACCAACCCUCAAACCGCUAUCCUCUUCAUUUCCGACCUCUUCGGCUGGACUUUUCCCAACAUCCGGCUGCUAGCCGACCACUUCGCCCGCGAAAUCGACGCAACAGUCUACGUCCCCGAUUUCUUUGGCGGCGAAGUCCUAGACUUCGAUCUCAUCGCGGCGGAGAAAUUUGCCGAGCUAGACCUUGGCCCUUUCCUUGCCCGGCAUAGUCGGGAGAAUCGCGAGCCGGAGAUUUUUGAGUGUGCGAGGGCUUUGAAGCGGGAUCUUGGGUUUGAGAAGGUUGGGGCUGUGGGGUAUUGUUAUGGUGGGUGGGCUUCAUUUCGGUUAGGAGCGAAGGAGAAUCGGUUGGUGGAUUGUAUUUCUGUAGGACAUCCGUCGCUUUUGGAACGGAAGGAUGUUGAUGAGGUGGAUGUUCCUGUGCAGCUUUUGGCGCCGGAGAUUGAUAUGGCGUUUCCGAUGGAUUUCAAGAUGUAUACGGUUGGGACGUUGUUGAAGUUGAAUGUGCCGUUUGAUUAUCAGCAUCUUCCGGGGGUUGUGCAUGGCUGUCUUGUGCGUGGGGAUGAGACGAAGGCUGGAGAGCGAGCGGCGAUGAAGAGGGGGAAGGAUGCUGCUGUUGCGUGGUUUAGACAGUGGUUGAAGAAUGAGUGA